GCCGGGGCCCUCUUGUGUGAGGAGAAGCAGGCGGCGGCGGCGGCCGGGCUCGAGGGACGCGGCGGCGGAGCGGAGGAGGGAGACGCGAGGCGGGCAGCGGGCCAGAGCCGGCCGCCGCCGCCCCUCCCCUCAGCCUCUCCCCAGGGAGCCCCCGCGGUCGAAGGAGGAAGAGGCGGAAGGAGAGCCGCGCGGGGGCAUCCGAGCGGGCCCAGCCCGGGCCUUCCGACCCCCGCAUCCCUGCCGUCGCCAUGAACAGCGUCGGGGGCGCCGACGAGAUUGGAAAACUAUUUGUGGGUGGCCUAGACUGGAGCACUACACAAGAAACGCUCCGUAGCUACUUUUCACAAUAUGGGGAAGUUGUCGACUGUGUGAUAAUGAAAGAUAAGACGACAAAUCAGUCACGAGGAUUUGGAUUUGUUAAGUUCAAAGAUCCCAACUGUGUGGGGACAGUCCUUGCCAGCAGACCCCAUACACUGGAUGGCCGAAAUAUUGACCCAAAGCCCUGUACCCCUCGAGGGAUGCAGCCGGAGAGAACACGACCAAAGGAGGGAUGGAAAGGAUCCAAGAGUGAUAACAAAUCCAAUAAAAUUUUUGUCGGUGGGAUUCCUCACAACUGUGGCGAGACGGAGCUCAGGGAAUACUUCAAAAAGUUUGGAGUGGUCACCGAAGUGGUAAUGAUCUAUGAUGCAGAGAAACAGCGGCCCCGAGGUUUUGGAUUUAUUACUUUCGAGGACGAACAAUCAGUGGACCAGGCUGUCAACAUGCAUUUUCACGACAUCAUGGGCAAAAAAGUGGAGGUGAAGCGGGCGGAGCCGCGAGAUAGCAAGAGCCAGACGCCAGGACCCACCGGCACCAGCCAGUGGGGAAGCCGGAUCGUGCCAAGUGCCGCCAAUGGCUGGGCAGGACAGCCCCCACCUACCUGGCAGCAAGGAUAUGGACCUCAAGGUAUGUGGGUACCAGCUGGACAAGCACUCGGUGGGUAUGGUCCGCCUCCUCCAGGUAGAGGUGCUCCACCGCCGCCACCACCUUUUACCUCGUACAUUGUCUCAACACCUCCAGGAGGAUUUGCACCCCCACAGGGCUUCCCACAGGGCUACGGCACCCCUCCACCCUUCAGCUUUGGAUACGGUGCUCCACCUCCUCCACCCGACCAGUUUGCCCCUACUGGCGUUCCUCCACCACCUGCCACCCCUGGGGCAGCACCACUAGCUUUUCCCCCACCACCACCACCAUCUCAGCCAACUCAGGACAUGAGCAAGCCUCCGACCGGCCAGCCAGAAUUCCCCUACAGUCAGUUUGCUAGGGGGACCCUAAGCAGCGGCUCAUGGGGCUGGGUACCUAUGGUCAAGACCCAAGGGGCUUCGGGCCAAUACUUUGUUUACACAUAUAUGGUCAGGCUGAAAAGUGAUUGCGUAGGAUACGGACAAGACUUAAGUGGAUUUGGACAAGGCUUCACCGAUCCCAGCCAGCAGCCGCCCUCCUAUGGAGGCCCCUCAGUACCACCCUCCAGCGGGCCGCCUGCCGGGAGCAGUGGUUUUGGCCGUGGACAGAACCAUAAUGUUCAAGGUUUCCACCCUUACCGCCGCUAGCAUGUCCACCUAGAAAUCAGGGAGUUCUGUCCAGAGCAGGAUAUCUGGUAUCAGCUGAAAUCCAGGAAUCCCAGACUUAAUGAACUUGUGACAAUCACCUACUUUGCCGGGGGGUGGGGGGGACCACAAAUGUAACAUCUUUUGGGGGGGGUUGUUGGGAUAGGAUGAGGCAGCCGCUUUUCGAUGCAAAACUGGGUGGUGUUUGGACUGCAGUUUUUAUUUUUUCCCCUUUCUUUAACCCAUCAGCACAAAUAAAAAGUGUGUCACUGGUUCAAACUACAGGGUUAUAAAAACGUCUUCAGCUUUAAUUAAAAAAAACCUUCAGGUUUCUUUCUCUAUAUUUUUGUUGGAAAUUUAUUUUUUUUCCUGAGCCUUUGUUUUACCAUAUAUUGUAAACUUUAUGUUUAAAGAAGAAGAAAAAAUAUAUACAUUUACAGAUUGUGAGAUUUUUAAGAGAAAUUUUCUACUAUGUAUGCUGGCUUAUUUUUUAAUUUAAAAGAAAAAAAACAGGGUUUCCAUUAGCACUGCUUAGAAGUGAGGGUCAGCUCCAAACCUUUUUUUGUUUUGUUUUUGUUUUGUUUUUUUUGUUAGUGUGGUUGGACCAGAAACUCUGGGAGUUUAAAAACAGAAGAAAGCGGGAAAAAGAAAGGAAUCUACUGUGUGUGCAGGUCAUUGUAUUGUUCAUUUCUGGGUUGAUAGGAGCAGAAUUGUUUGGAAGGCACCAUGUCACUUCUUCUGAAGCACAGUGUUUCAGUCUGAGCUUCCAGUUCUUUAAAGAAAAAUGCUUUGGGGACAUGGGUUAAUGGAUGCCUUGCAAAGAUGUAGAUUUCCCUCAGGCGAAAAAAAAAAUAAUUUUGGAGGUGCAUUUUGCACUAACCAGUGAUUACCCCUGGUUUGAAUAAAGAGAAGUACAUUUGGAUUAGAAACACAAA